AUGGCUAAGACUCUCAUGUUGACAUUCUUCUCUGCCAGGUGUGUUGUAGAGGACAAGAACUCGAAGGUGGCCUGGUUGAACCGUUCUGGAAUCAUCUUUGCUGGGCAUGACAAGUGGUCUCUAGACCCCCGGGUUGAGCUGGAGAAGCGCCAUUCUUUGGAAUACAGCCUCCGGAUCCAGAAGGUGGAUGUCUACGAUGAGGGUUCCUACACCUGCUCGGUUCAGACACAGCAUGAGCCCAAGACUUCCCAAGUUUACUUGAUCGUGCAAGUCCCACCAAAGAUCUCCAACAUCUCCUCAGAUGUCACUGUGAAUGAGGGCAGCAACGUGACCCUGGUCUGCAUGGCCAAUGGCCGUCCCGAACCUGUUAUCACCUGGAGACACCUUACGCCAACUGGAAGAGAAUUUGAAGGAGAAGAAGAAUAUCUGGAGAUUCUCGGCAUCACCAGGGAGCAGUCAGGCAAAUACGAGUGCAAAGCUGCCAAUGAGGUCUCCUCGGCGGAUGUCAAACAAGUCAAGGUCACUGUGAACUAUCCUCCCACUAUCACAGAAUCCAAGAGCAAUGAAGCCACCACAGGGCGACAAGCUUCACUCAAAUGUGAGGCCUCUGCAGUGCCUGCACCUGACUUUGAGUGGUACCGGGAUGACACCAGGAUAAACAGUGCCAAUGGCCUUGAGAUUAAGAGCACGGAGGGCCAGUCCUCCCUGACAGUGACCAACGUCACCGAGGAGCACUACGGCAACUAUACCUGCGUGGCUGCCAACAAGCUGGGGGUCACCAACGCCAGCUUAGUCCUUUUCAAACGUGUUCUACCCACAAGCCCCCACCCCAUUCAAGAAAUUGGCACCACCAUGCACUUCAAGCAAAAAGGACCUGGGUCGGUGAGAGGAAUAAAUGGAUCCAUCAAUCUGGCCGUACCACUGUGGCUGCUGGCAGCAUCUCUGCUCUGCCUUCUCAGCAAAUGUUAAUAGAAUAAAAAUUUUAAAAUAAUUUAAAAAAACACACAAAAAUGCGUCACACAGGAUACAGAGAGAGAAAGAGAGAGAGAGAGAGAGAGAUGGGGGAGGAGACCGUUUAUUUCACAACUUUGUGUGUUUAUAAAUAAAGGGGGAAAUAAGAAAAUGAAGAAGAAAAUACAACAUUUAAAAUACUUUUAAAGUCCUUCAAUAAACAUUUGAGUAUAACUCAGGGUGGGAAAAGUUCCACCAGGAUAUGUGUAUAUCUAAGCAAAUGUAUGUUGUAAAAACACUACAUCAUGGUAAGGACAUCCAGAUGUUGUAAAAAUAAGACAAGGGAAGAAGUACCAGAUGGAUAUUAACCCCCCACACACACAUUUUAUCCUUUCUUCAUCCUUUUUCAUCUGUGAGGAAAGAAAAAAUAAGGUCUUGCCUUUGGUGUUUAUAUUUCCAUCACCUUUUUAUUCUGUUUUUCAUUUGAGCUGACUCGUAACCGUUUCAGACUAUCGAUGGAAUCCAAGUUGGAGUCCUGUGUUGAGCCUUUAUCUGGCUUCCCUGCCUCCACUAGCUCCCCAAUUUUUAAGACCACGUCCCCCCCCUCUCCAGUGUGUUCUAUCUCCCCCGCAUCCAUCCCAGAUAUUCCCUUUGAAUCCCUGCCCCCACCCCCACCACUCCUUGCUCCCACCAACCCCCCUGAGCACUAGCCAUGCCGCAAAUGCUAGGAAGUGCCAUUUUAAUUUUCUCCACUGUGCGUGCGUGCUCACGUCUCUCGCUCUCACGUGGGUGUACAUGUGUGUGAGCGUGUGUGUCUCUCUCUAAAGCAUGCCAAGGGAAUGGUCCAUGUGUACAUAGACUCGUGCUGUAGAUACUGUCCCGCAUUGUAAUUGUGAGACGCGGCUGUGACAAGUUGCUGGGGGGCAUGGUGGGGAAGGAGGCAAGGAGCAGGGUCCCUCCCCCCAUCCAUGGCUGUCACAUGACAUCAGUGUGUAUUCCAACCAAGCUGUGCCCCUUCUAAGGGCAGAACCUCAUAGUCCUCCUAGUCCAAUCAUCAGAACCCAGUCGAGAGUCACUCAGAAUAUCACUGUAAAUGAAAGUGCCUACUAUUGAUGGGGUGAGCAAACAGUAGAAAGAACCAGUGAUGUGGAUGAGGUGGCCUAGGAGAGAAGGUUUCUGAGUUCGCUCUUGUUCCAUGAGUCUGAGGGAUUCAUAGAUUGUUCUGGCUUGUUGCAGGCUUGGUCCUGCUCUGCUGCAGGAGUGAGUAGCAUGUAUUGAGAAAAUCCCUAGAAGCAGGAAGGUCUCCAAGUGUUCAUUCCCAAUGAAAGGGUGAGGAGCCAAGUGGAGAUCCUAAACAGCCCUCCCUGAUCUUCAGAUAACACUGCAUUUGCCCCACGGAUUCCCUUGAGCAGAGAUUGUUUCCUAUUUCAGAUAAGAUACAGUGAGAGGGAGAGAGGCAGGAAAAUUGGACAGAUGCCUGGGUCCCUACUCGGAUUGUAGCGAUACUGUUGGAGCUCUAAUACAAAGCACUGACCAUAGCAAAAAGGAAUCCACCCCUGUGCUCCUUUGCAGAUUUUUUUCCUAGUGUUUUAGGCCAAUACUUUAUUUGGUUGCCCACAUCAUCUCCCUUCUGUUCUACUGAUGGUGUUUUCAGCACCAUUGUUCAUAGUAAGCCACCAUUAUCCUAGGCCAAGCCACCAGGAAUGGCGUGAUAUUCCACUUUCCCUGCUCACUUUUGGCUUCUAGUCUCUUGAAAAAGAUACAGUGGGGGAUAUGAUGUUUACGUGUAUGAGAGUCAUCUUGCCACUAACACUGAAAUAUGACUUAGUUUCUUAACCAAGAGAGCUGGGAAACUUGUAAUAAUCUAGACAGAAGUAGUAUGUGUACCACAAAGCUUGGCAUCAUCACAACACCAGAAGGAUUUUCUUAGGAAAGGCCUCACAGAGAGAGCUGGCUCUGUGUGUAGAUAUCUCUGUCAGGAAACCAACCAUCGCUUUCACUUGGACUGUAGGAGGCAUUGGAAAUGGCUCAGUUUAUGAAAGGAUAGGGAAUUAUUUUUGAGGUCAUAACUGAAAGUAUUUUAGCAGAGCCAAAUAUAGUACUUCACCUAGUUUUGGAGCCCGAAAAACAGCAGUUCACAUGAUAUAAACCAGGAAACUUUAUAACUGCAAAUUCAAAAAAAAGGGAAGAGAGGAAGCAAGGAAGGAAAGAAGCAAGGGAGGAAGGAAUGAAGGAAGGAAGAGAGAAAGGGAAGGAGGAAGAGAGGCAGAAAGAAAGAAAAUCUGCAAUUUCUCUUGAUAGAGUUUAUCAACUGAAGGCUUUUUGCAAUGAGUCUCAUCUUUGAACGUAACGAUCUUGAUGAGCAGCACUCUUGAAAUUUCUUCUAGGGGAUUCUAUUGUUUGUUUUAGAAGCUCAUCACUAGCCUUCUUUUAUGAUUUUGCAGUUUAGACAAUAGAGCUUGGGGGUCGGUUAUUUGUGGCAAGACCUGGCAUAUAUCAGGUAGGUCCUAAAAUGUAGGGACAGUGAGCCAUCUUCCUAUGCAGCACCAAUUUUUGACAAUCAGGGAUUUCUCUGACAGUCUAGUCUUCUCAGUACAGGAUUAAAGUUUGUCAUCCUUGAUGAUAGAUGUUCCCCAUGCAUCAAAGAACCAGCCACAUCCUUAAGUGGAAGCUUUAGAAGAGUGCAUCUAAUUUAACGAUAUAUAAGAAGAGAAAAAGUAACAGGAGUUAAUUCAGUUUAGUAUCAGUUUCAGGAAGAGAUCCUGGUGGCAUGUCACAGAUUUUAAUCAUACACCUAGAUUUCUUAUUGUCUCCACCCUAUCAUAAGUACAAGGUCUUGGUUUUAUUGAAAGUGAUUCUCCAUUGAAAGGAAUGUCUUUGCCAUGUCAGCACCAUUUGUUCCCUGAGUUUUAAUAUAAGGGACCAUAUAUUAAACAUAAUUAGACAUGUAUUGAAUAUUGUGGUGUUUGCAUAUAUCUCUGGCAGGAUCUGGAAAUGUUAAAAAUGUGUCCGGGCUCCUGUUUUAUCACAUACUUGACCUCAGAAAUCUCAUAGAUUUGAGAACAUCUCUGAGCAAUGCGAAGAAUGGAGGAGGCCAUAGUUUGGAGAAAUGUCAGGAAAGAGGGAGGAGCCAGAGGACUGUCACCAAGAGACUGAGUCUGAGCAUGGGACUGCUUAGAAUUUAGUUUAUCAUAUUGCUAUAAAUCCCCUCAAGAAUCUUGUCCACUGUUAAUCAAAGCUUGAAACCCUGCACUGAAAAGAACCCACUGGUUGUCAACAACACUCUGAGAAGCGUGAAAUGUAUCAGUUUAUCUGAAUGGCUAAUAUAUUUAAUGUUCUUUGUACUGAAAAUGAAACUUCACCCUUUCUAAAAGAAAAUCCUUAGACUCCAUGUACAGUUAAAAAAGCAGAAAUGACCUUGACCCAGGGCACUUCCUGAAGAAUGAGACCUAAUCCUAGGUUUUACCACUGCAGAACUACGUCCUCUGUGCAAUUGUUCACCAGAAGGUUUUGCCUUGGAAGAAGUCUUACUUGUGUUGAGACAUAAAUUCCCUCUUUCCCUAAAAGAACUGGGGCUUAGGGAAAAGUCAUUGAGUUUUCUGUUGGGAAGACUUGUCCCACUGACCAUUGCCUUCUCUUCCAAGUCAGACAGACUUCUCCCUUGCCAUGGGCAUUUUUUCACUACAUAGUCAUACAACUGGGGCUAUUCAUAGAGACCUUGUAAAAGUACUCGUGAUUUUCAUGUUCUUGGAGGAUAGAAACAAAACUCUGUUUCCCCUCCAAAAAUGGACUUACCUCCUUUGCACACAAAAACUAAAUUCCUCAGCAUGAAAUUGUACCUGAGUUAUCACCUACCAAGUGGUUAGCUUCUUAACUACUCCAGAGUCACAGUUCCCAUCCCCAGGUUGGUUGUGGUUGCACUGUUUCUAUGGGCUUGUCUCCCCGAUUUUUCAUUUUGCUUUUUUCAGGCCUUGAAUGACUUGUGGAAAAAUAAUAUAUAUAUGUGUGUGUAUGUAUUAUUUUUAACCUUAUCUUUACAGAUGCUAUAUUUACAAUAUCAUAUGUAUUAUAAGACAAAUCUAGAGUAAUGGUUAAAACUUAAAAGGAAGAAAAGUACUGAAUUUGGUUUAAAAAAAAGAGCUAUGCUUCAUUUAGAAAGACAUGGAGCCCCAUUUUUUCCAUUUUGUAAUUAUUUGUUUAAAAGAAUUUGUUUAUGGACCAUGUUCCAUGGGCGUAACCAUGGCCUUAUUUUCUCUUCAUCUUCAUCAUCUUUUAGCUUAGAUUUAGCCUUGGUUCCCAAUAACUAUCAUUUUUAUGAAAUAUCUGUAAUACUAUUGCUGAGCUAUAAAAACUGCUAUUGUUUUGAGAUAGAUAUUAAACAUACCACAAAAUAGUGAGAUAAGACCCUGAAUUAAGAAAUGCAAAUCAGUUUAAAAAGCCUCCUUUCAUAUUUAAACUAUUUCUUCUUGAAAGACUGCAUUUGCCCCAGUGAUGUAAAUUUUCCAUCAUGGUUGGCAUAAUAUCUAUAAACUUCUCCCUAAAUGCAAAAUGGAGUUUACAUUUAUGUACAGACUAGGGAAGAGAAGUAAACUAUUCUCAUUGGCAUGUAGCUAUGUUGUCAAAUGUGGCCAACUGAAAUUCAAGAAAGAGUUUUUUUCACCCAGCAAUGCACAUCCCUUUCCUCCUGGUAAGGAAGCUGGUGUUAACAUUAGGUUUGGGUUUAACAUUUACACCAGUGCAAAUGUUUAUGGAUAUUAUGGGAAACUUUAAAAUCUUGAUUUCUGUUCAGCACAUUUACAUACUGUGCGCUGAUUAAUAAAUUAGGCACCAAUCAUGUGCAAAUCAAUGUAAAUCACUAGUUUAUGUACAUAAUAUAAACUAUGUAAACUUCAGUUUUCAAGCAGGGCCCAAGUUCAGCUAAACCUAUGACUCAUAAAGAAUAAAAUAGACUAAAAAUAAAUAAAAACCAAAGCAUUUCACAGGUCAGAAUGGGAAGAAGUAUCACUAAUGGCCCAAAUUUGAGGUGGCUUCAACAGAAGGAGUAAGACCCACAGGAACUGUUAGAGGUUUAUAUCCUGCUACCGGUCACAGGUAGCCACCUCUCUGUUCCUUCAGGACCUAAGUGGAGUUUCUCCCAACUGCUUCCACAAUUGUCUCACAUGACCCCAAAAUAAGGGAAAUGACAAGAUAGGGAGGAAGGAGUUUUCAGGGCUCACGCGUCAGGUGCAUCAACCCCCAAGUGUCUUUUUGUUACUUACCAGUAGCUCCAAGGAAGUUACCUACAUGGAUGAGCAAAAUAUUACUUAAUUUUUAUUUUCCAUCCAACAUAGACUUUGGGAAAGCUUCUUCAUCAUCUUAAUCCUAAGAAAUUGUGGGAUAUAAGAAAUAGGUUAUAUCUUUGAGAAAUAUUUUGCUAAGUCACCCUAGGAAAUAACUGCUUUUACUUAAUCUGUAAGACCUAUAUUUCUACAUAUCUAUCCUGAAUAUUGCAAAUGAGGACAGAAUCAUUUUAAUUGGGAGUGUCUCUCUCAGGUACGUUCUCUUGGAGCCUUUUUGAAAUGCCUGAUUCAUUUACCAGAAUGACACAUAGAUGUGUUUUCUACAAUCUGAACAACUGCUACAUAAAGAGUCAUCAAAGGGAUAACUUCAGAGGCUACAUGAAUUGUCUGCAAAGACUGUUACAGAAAGAAAAUUUAGGUCAAAUUAACAGUAUGCAUAAAAUAUACUCCUCUAACCAAGACCAAUGACAACUUUAAAAGCAUCCUGGAUUGGGAGCCAGGAGAGAGAAUUGGGUUCUAGCCCUGGGUCUGGCCACAGACAAGCUAUAUAUAUCACCUUAGGCAAGUCACUUAACCUUCCUGACUCUUGGCUUUUUUUCAUCCUGAAAGGGAGGGAUUUUGGUGACAUCUCCAAAAUCUCUAUCAACUCUAAACUCUGUGAUUCUGAUUAAGAAUUUAAUACUCACAUAGUUCUAUGCCCAGGUAAUCAUUCCAAGCAGCUGUUUGUUGUCUCUCACUUGGUCUCUGUACUAUCUUCACUUCUCAGAACCAUCAUUCCAUCAACCCCAUUUCAAAAGCCAAAACUUCUGAAAAUACAGGGUUCCUGAACUGGAUCUAUAACUCUCUUCUGAUCGAAACUUCUUAGCAAUGUAGAGAAGGGACACAGUCAGACUAAACUGAAGGCAUUGAAACAGCUAGAGGUUUGGGUUUUUUAAAUUUAUAAUAUGAAAUCUAACUGUUGAACUACAUUCUAACAACCUUUCAUAGGAAGGAAAAUAACCAGAUUGGGUAUUAUGCAUGUAACAAAUGAGGAAGUUGUGCGUAUGAAAAGAAACACCCGUUUUCUCUCGUCCUGGGCCAAGUGCCUCACUAUAUAGUAAAUGUGGUGUCCUUGAAAGCUCUUUGCUUGUGCUGAUGGCAGUAAGCAUGUGGCCCCAGGCAGAGUCAAAAGGCUGUUCUGUGAGAAACAAGCAAGAUAGUAUAUUUUGUUCUGGAAGGAGUUUCUUUUGGCAUAAGUUUCCCUAAAUUUGAGUUAUACGCUAUGAAGUCAAGCAAGUGGUUGGAGGGGAAACAAACCUCAUUUUCAAAAAGUACGAGUCAAUACCACUUAAAGAAAACUAGUUGAAACUAGGACAAAAACACAUUUUAGGUGGUUCCAGAGCUGAAUGUAGUAACAGUUGUUGUGAAGGGCAAAAUCAAAUGUGAAAGUCAAGUUCUCUGAGAAGAGGGUAGGCAGAACGGCUUCUCAGGUGGGUUAAUCAGGAAUUACUUUCUCGUGUCAUGUUCUGGAUGGACUGAGCUCAAGCCCAUUUCUUGAACCAUCAAACUGCAGCCCUACACUAUCCGAGAGGCUCAACUUAGCAUCUCUCCAGCGGUAGCUUUUCAAGCAUUACUAUCACUUUUUGUAGAUAAGGAUAUAUAAUGUGCUUAGAGUAUUUACAAAGCUCUCUUUAGGUAGGAGAAUGACCUGCCCGUAGGACAGCUCCCCAUUUCCAUGGUUAUUUCAGAGGCGCCUCUUUUUUGAGUAGUGCUCCUGGAUGUCCUCCUACAGCUACAUUCUUCUCCGCACAAGCUCUCUCGAUGUAAAGCCAGGCACAGAGAUAAAAUCUGCUUUUUGCAAAUGAAGAAAACAUAUGGAACUAUUAGCUUCACGGCACACAGCAGUAAUUCUAAGCUUUCUGGAGCCUUUUUGAACCCACUUCCCUAAGUCUUUGCUCUUCACCAGAGAAAGUGAAUGGUUCAUCCUGGUGAAUUAUGGCCAAGUUCUGCUCCCUAAGUAUUUACUGGGAGUGGGGGAAGGUUAAAGGGAGGGAAUUGCAGGGGGAGAGAAGCAUGGGAGAAAACCUCCUACUUCCUCUCACCCCCCCACUCCCCAGUGCUUCACCACUUCCUUCUCACUGCUCUACUGAAUGGUGUAUAAAUCCUGCUCUUGGUUAGAAUUCUCCUUAUUAACAGUGUUAUAUACAUAUAAAUAUAUAUAUAAAUAUAUAAAUAUAUUCCUUUUUUUCAGCCCUGUAGACAUAAACAACUUUUCUUGAUACAAACACAUGGCCAUUUUUCUGUUUGUUUUUUGUUGUUGUUGUUCAAGGUUUUUUUAAAUUUUUGUUUAUCGGGUGGAUUGUUUUCCCUGGAUACUAGCUCUGUAAAGGAAAAUAAAAAGCGCAGUGUGUGUUAAAAAAAAAAUUAAAAUUGAAAAAAAAAAGCUUUUUUUCUUUUCUUUUUCAAUGUAUUUAAAUUCUGUUCCUCUCUUCUGUUACUUUACACGUAUGAAUGCUCUGCUCUUCUGUGAUCUUAAAACAAAAUGAAAUAAACGUGAAAAGGAGAUGUGUCUUUAUUGACCUGA